GUGCUUCCCAGAAUUCCUCACUGGAACAGUGUGCCGUCUGGAUUUGUUAAUUUCACGAUGCCUUCGUGGCCAAAUACUGUCGAAAUGUAGCUGCAAACAUCAUAGAUUUGUACUAGACCGGGCAUUUAUCUUCACCAAAGACGUUCAGAUGAGAUGGACGCAGCAACGCUAUGACCUUCUGAACUCCCAAGAUCGUUCCAAUGAGCUGGUUUGACACAGCAGGCUUUGCAAACCUUGCGAAGUCUGCGCUCUCAUCAGCGCAGAAGCGCAUUGACCAAGCGCUCGACAUCCAAGGCGAUCCUGGCCCAAGCUUCGCACUGCCAGCAGACACAGAUGCUUUUUUCCUGUCGUUCGGAUUAGCCGACGGCAGCUCUCCCAAGAAGUCUGGUGCCGAGAAGCAGACGGAAGUUCCUUUAAAGCCUGCAGAAUCAAAGUCUAGCAGUUCAUCCCUUUCCACCUGGACUUCAGGAUGGGGGUCGUUUUUGGACGAUACACCCAGUGUUUCCAGCACAACACCCGCUGCUGAAGUUCCAACUACAAUUGCUCCAAAAUCUGUGUCUUCUCCUAUACUGCCUGCAAUUUCUGCUGAAGAUAAAGACACACCUGUGAUCUCUCAGCCGCUGAAAAGCUACGGAGAUGAUACUGCAGCCCCGUCUUCUGACGCAUCUUCAGCACCUGCCACCGAGAAGUCUGACGACGACACCCCAUUGGUGGUCGACCUGCCAAUUUACCCUUCUCUCGACCAAUCGGUAGAGUCGGAUGGAUCGACAGAGACGCUUUUGGGUGCCAGCAGCUCACCUGACGACGCAUUGGUGUCCGGGAGCGCUACGCCCGAUCGAGCAGAGAAAGAUUCUAGUCCACCAGGUUGGAAGACUCCAAGCUGCGAGUCGGGCCAAGACGUCGUGAUAGUCCGAGCACCGGAACAUUCCAACUCGGCGCGAGAAUUCCCCUCGAAGAAGGUUUCCGUCGAGAAGCCAACACCUAGAGAAGGCGACAGCUCUACCGUAGAUUGUACAGAACUCGAAACUCUGGCAGCUACGCCAAGAUGGGACAUAGCCGAAGUGCCCGCGAACUGCGGAUCAGACCUGGGCACGGAAGUAGGCACGGCGGAUGGUGAAUUCAGCAUCGGUGCCAGGCCCGUACGUGAAGCUGUACCAGCAGAAGGUGCGUCACCUGCAUCUUCGCAGGCAUCAUGCGAAGCGAUUGAUGAAGAGAAGGCCCCGCAAGAAUUCCUCGUAGAUAGCAAAGCCGAUGAACCACCAAGCACGGGGGACGCCAAGGACAUCCCGGAGAACUUGGAACCGUCGAAGGACGCGGAACCUGGGCACGUGCGGAAGUCAUCGAGCGAAAGUCCGCCUAAGGAAGACUGUGACGCUCGUUCUAUAGGAAGUGUCCAUUCUGCGGAGACCACGUCGUCUGCUUCGUUUGUGAGGAUUUCUCCGGAUGAGACGGAAGAGUCGCACAAAUCACACAGUCCAUCUUACGACGAAGCUGAGACUGGGACGUCUUCGGACAUCGAAAUCAUCUCUACACCCAAUGGUGACUCGAACAGCGACCGUUUCAGUGCGAUAUCCUCUUCCGCUCAGCUUUGGACUUCCACUCGGCACGAGGAGAAACGUGCCACCAGUCCAGCGCUGAGUGGUGGGUCUGGCGACAAGCUGACGUGUUCUGAAGCCACUCACUGCGGUAUUGAGCUUUCUGAGGUGGAGAAACUUCGUGGGCGUGUGACGGAGCUUCAAGAAGUUCUUGACGCCCGCGAACGAAAAGUCUUUCUUCUCAGCAAGGAGGUCGUGCAGCUGAAUGAAACGAAUGCGGCUCUGCAAAAUUCACUACGGAAACUGGAUGAGAUGAGAGCUCGCGAGACUCAGGACACUUCAAGUCUGACCCAGGAGUUCUCACAACGGCUUGCCAAGCUGGAAACUAGGCUAACCGAUACGGCAAGGGAACGAGACAUUCUGAAAGCGAAGCUAGAUGCAGUACAGCAGGAAUCGGCUACAAAAGUGAGCGCCCUCCAGAUGGAGCAAGUGAUUAGAGAAAAAGAUGAACAGAUAAAAGAACUGAUGUCCGAAGGCGAGAAGUUGUCGAAGCACCAACUUCAACAGUCCACGGUUAUCAAAAAACUGCGUUCUAAGGAAAAAGAUAUGGAAGGCACAAUAAAAUCAUACAAGGACAAGCUAGAAGAUCAGAGCAAGGAAUUGGAACGACUAAGAAAAUCCCUGAGUGCGAAAGAUGAGCAGGAAAAGAAGCACAUUGAUACAAUUCGUCAGUUGACGUCAACCAAUCAAAAGCAAGACAGAGACAUCCAGUCACUGAAGGAGUCCCUCAGUGAUGCAACAGAAAAUGUGGAGACAACCUUGGUGAAACUGAACAGCGCUUACAGUGAGAUAGCUGUACUGAGACAGGCAAAUUCUGAAUGUGAGUCUCGUGCCGAAGAAGCCACCCUCAGUGCUAAGAUGGCCGCCGGAGAAGAACUGCGCAGAGCCUUGGAAGAGACUCGUGCAACAGCACUAACUGAACGCGCAAGCCUUCUGCAACGAAUAGAAGAGCUUCAAGUGGCACUCACCAUGGCAGAGCAGCGGGGUGAACACAGGGAAGACGUGUUGCGUGCCAGUGUGACGCAACUUCAACAGCAAUUGCAAGAUGCUGAAUCACGUAACCAGGAAAUAAGUCAACACAUUUCGUCGGCAACUCGGCCACUGCUCAGGCAGAUAGAGAACCUGCAGGCGACCUUCUCCGUCCAGUCGGCUUCUUGGGAAAAGAUCGAGAAGAGCCUGACCGACCGAUUAUCCGAAGCGCAGACGCAGGCAACCCUGCUCUCUGAACGUGAACGUGCACUGCAGGAGAAAUGCAGCGACUUGCAGGCCAGGCUGACUGGUCUGGAAGCGCAGAAUACAACCCUGCGGAACGACAAGCACAGUCUAAGCGCAGACAUCGAUGUCCUACGGGAGCGCCUCCGUGAUGCGGAGGAUUUUAAGAGACGGGAGAACAACUUUGAAGUGGUCAAGUCUAGGCUGGAGCAGUCGCUGAAAAGUUUGAGAAGUGAAAAGGAGGAGGCCACUUGCAAAGUUAUUGCACUUCAAGAAGAACUAGAAAGUGAGCGACACAAGAACCUUCUGUUGCAGGACCAACUACAAGAGAAGCGUGACGAUGCCUCCCCCUUACCGUCUCCAACCACGUCGCAGUACAGCUCGGUCAGCGACACAUUUAAUGCCAAUGUGGGAACGGAACUCGGAAGCGCCCUGCCGUACAACGUGGCUCCGUCGCGCACCACGUCCCUUUACGAGAGCCUGCGUGCUGCAGGCGGCACGACACUGCUGGAAUCCCUGCAGUCGCAGCUGAAGAUGAAAGAAGGCGAAGUGGGACACCUCCAGGCCGAGAUCACCCAGCUGGAACGGAGCCGCAGCUCGCUGUCGCGUGAGUUGAUGUCACUCAGUGAGAAACUGGAGACAAUGGAGAAAGAAGUGCAGGAACUGCGAGGCAUAAGUCAACAGCAUAAUGAGUUGAACCAGAGGUACAACACCCUACUGCAGAUGUACGGAGAGAAAGUCGAAGAGGCCGAGGAACUACGUCUGGACCUGGAAGACGUCAAGUCCAUGUACAAAGCUCAGAUAAAUGAGUUAAUUGCGAAGCAGUAGAUUCUGAAUCCCCGUGAGAUCAGAGUUCCAUCGUGCAAGAAGUCCUUCCAUUUUAAGACAGUUGAUUUUGUGAAGGAAAACAGGGAUGCGUUGUUUGUGCAAAGGGAGUAUGUUUUUAAUUUGUAUAUCUUGUAAAACUGUAAAUACAUGUGAAUAGAAAGGAUAAGAGUGAAGUGAUAUAUACGAAUGAUUAAAGUCUUCGUUGUUGUU